UAAAAGUCAAUGUGUCAAGUGUUUUGUUUUCCUUCCAAAUUAGGUUAUGUGGUUAUGUUUAUUAAGAACGAAAAUUUGACAUAUCCUCAAAAAAAAAGCCUUGAUCUUUGUAACUUACAUUGUGGCGAGUGCUAAAAUUUAACUACGAGAAUAUGGACGUAAAGUUUUUGAAAAUAUUUACAAAGUAUUAGGCGACAUUCCUUAGGUUACAUAAAUCUAAAGUUGCACACUUUUUUUACCAACAUGCCAAAAUUCUUUUCCGACACCAUCGUUUUUAACUAUACUUGGGACCAAGUGGCAUCAGGUUUUUGGAAACGAUAUCCCAAUCCAAACAGUAAACAUGUACUGUCUGAAGACACAGUAGAAAGGGAAAUUCGUUCAGGCAAACUUUUUUCCAAACGACUUUUAAGUAAAACAAAUAGCAUUCCAAAAUGGGCCGAACGAUUUUUCAGUGGAAAACAUGUAAAUAUUAUCGAAGAGAGUAUCGUUGAUCCUGUUAAUAAGGUCCUGGUUACCUAUACAAGAAAUUUAGGUUUCGUUAAAGUAAUGAGUGUUACAGAAAAAGUCAUAUACACGGAGAGCGAAGAACAUCCUGGCAAAACAGUAGCCUUAAGGUAUGCAUGGAUAGAUUCCCAAGUUAAAGGUUUCGGUCGAGCUAUAUGCGCAUUUGGAUACGAAAGGUUUAAGAAAAAUUGCCAUAAAAUGGUUGGCGGCUUCAAUUACGUCCUAUCCAAUUUGUACCCGCACCAUACUGCGUUCACGACGACGUACGCCACUGUAAAGGCGACGACCAAGCUCAAAGACGCGGCGAAAAACGCAUCCGAUUUGGCGAAAUCGAAGGCCGCUCCGAUUUACGCUUCGUUGCAUCCCAACCAAUCGUAGAGGUAGUUUGUAAAAUUUCGUAUCUUUACAAUACAUUUCCCAGUCUUUGAUAUGUAUAAAUUUAUUAAGUAAAUAAGCUUUUUAUUUGUUAUUUUUAUAAUGACGUAAGUAAUUAAAUGUGGUUACCGUUUGAAUUUGUAUAUUAUGCAUGUAUAUUGUUUAUUGAAAAACUUUUUUAUGGUCUCUGGUAGUUAUCUGAAAAUUUAAAAUUAAAAUAAAGUCCUCUCCGAACUCUAAAAA